AUGGCGGACAUCAAACGCAUGAUGCCCAAGCCGUCGAGCAUGGCCCGAAAUGCAGUUUCCAAGAUGCUUGAAAAGGGCCGCCACAACAUGGUGAGCUCGUCGAUCCAGUCUGUUGAUUCCGAGGACCACGAGGGCCAUGGUGGCGUGUCACUGUUGGAUGACGACUCGCAAGAGGAUUUCCCCGUUCAGACUGUCCAGUCUCCGAAUGCUGUUAUGGCUCAAGAUGUCGACGCUACCCCCAAGGCAAGCGUUGUGCAAAGGAAGAACGGGAAUGCUCCCAGCACGACUUUUCCUAAAGGUUUGCGCAGAAAGGAUAAGAAGCGUACUGGUACAUUCAAUCAAAAUGGCAGCAAUGGAAACCACGAACGUGAGCAGAACGGGUCUACCCAAAGCCACACCCAAAGCUGUCAACAAGGAACUUCUACGACCGCUGGAGUUGCCCCGUUUGACCAUCAAGCUUCGAUGGCUUACAUGGUUCAGUAUCCUCAAGCAACGCAAUCUUUUCAACAAGGUCAACCUAGCCCAGCCCUGAGCAAUGACAUAUCACCCAAUCCAACGAACGAGAUAAUGGCAGGAGGUCAACCUGUUUGGCCGUCAUCAAACAACCAUGGCAUCAACAAUCAGCAGGCAGGCAUCGUUUACCAGCACAUGGGUAUCUCUCAACUCCAGACUGGUCAGGGCUUCGUGCCUAACGGGCCUGGCGGCCACCCCGGUAUUAGUUCACCCGCUGGUCAGACUGGAUAUGCGCCCAUGGGCCUCCCUUAUCCUCAACACCAGAUGGCCACAAUCACCGAUACUAAUGGUCUGACACCCUUUUCCCAUCGUUCAUACAUUCCAACUAAUGGGUCUAAUGGUCCUCUAGCCUUCGCACAAUCGCCCAAUGCCCAGCCAGUCGCGGGUGUCACUCGGUUGGCACCUGGCCAGCUCUACUACGCCUACGGCCCAAUGUUUGGAGGUCCAGGCUCCAAUAUGCAGCCUCAGGGCGACCAGAAGACCGGCGAUGCUUCCAGGACUGAACAAAACCAGACUGUAAAUGACCCGCAGACCGAGCUGGGCCAGUCUCAGGCUACAAAGACCCCUUCGCACACUAAGGAGAUUUUUAAUCAAACCGAACCUCGAAACUUUGCUCCCCGCGCAGGUUCACUUCCUUCUCAACCCCCGCCUCCGUUCAUGAUUGAUACUGCUCAUGCCCCGAACACCCACGGUACUCAAGCCGGUAUCGUCACCGGCUCCGGGAUUGAUCCGUUCUCUCCGGCGGGCAACGACGAGCGUGCUAUUGUCAGAAUUCCCAACCACCAUUCAGGGUAUGAAACCCCGAACGAGAACUAUGCGGUCAUGUCACAUAUGCCCAUUUCUGGCCCUCCCCCUCCAGAAGUGCGAGCUGUACGCUCAGAGCAGCUGAACAGGCUCACCCUCCUUGGUCCGUAUGGUCUCCCUACCGCGGAGGUAGCUUUGCAUCCCGACAACUUUCCUUUCAUUGAAAGCUGUUCGCAAGCUUCGGCUUCGGAUGCCGGAGUUGUUAAGAUCACCAAUCUUCCUUACACGACCACUCACCAAGAGAUCAAGGCACUCCUUGGUCGGAACGCCAAACUACUGACUGAGGAAUCCGUGCACGUCAUCAUGGAGCGAAUCAAUGGCAAGACUCAGGACGCAUACGUUGAGUUUUGCAGUCAAGAUGAUGCUAUCAGAGCUGUCCAACGCUUGAGCCAAGCUGCUGUACGGACAAAUCGUCCUUCUCGUAUUGCUGAUCGCCCCGUUGAUGUGGAGUUGUCGGGCCAGGCCAGUAUGAUGAAGGACCUCUUUCCUUUGGCUUCCGGAGUGACCUGGAGAGGCGCAGAACCGAUAAUCGAAUCUCCAGUUGAGGCGAAGCCGUGGAAGACCUUUAAAGGCUUUAUCAUGAUCGAGGAGAUGGCGAUGCUGGUCAAGCUUGUUGAGAUGCCACAGCGUGCUCAGUAUACUAAAAGCUGCCCCCAGCGUCCUUACGAGUGCAUGAUCUCUACGAUCAGGAAGUUGCCCUGGCAAAAGUCAGACUGCAUCACGAUUCACCAACGCUGGGCCGUAUACAGCGCCACGAUUCGUCUCAUCGAGCUGCUUCGCAAUACCAUCCAGCGCCGCGACCAUGAUAGCCACAUCGCUCUCAACCAACUUCUUCUCAAGCGUCUGGUCAACACAGCCAUGCUAUGCCCUGGCUUCAGCGUCCUUCAAAAGGACAACAUCGCCUUCACCGCCGGCAUGGGUGAGAUGAAGCAGCGAGAGUUCAACCAGCCUAGGUUCCCCGAUCUCUGGACCCAUCAGCUGUCGGUUUGCCCGAAGCCAGGAGUCCCGUUGGAUGUUCUCGAAUGGUAUAUUGCCAUCAUCCGCGAGGAGACCACUCGCUUUGUCAAUCUCAAGCCUGUCAGUGAGAGAUCUGAGAUUCUGAGCAAGGCCACCAAGAUGAACAGCAACGGCUACUUUGGCUUUCUUUGGCACGAGAUCGGCUUCCCUACUGGCGAUGAGUACGAUAACAUGACUCUAAAGCAGGCAAUGGAGAUGGAAUUGGCAGCUAUCGAGAAUUGCCUCAAACGGGCCCUGUGUUAUGGCUAUCAACACGCAGACAACGGCAGGGUCAGGAAGCUUAUGGCUGCUUAG